CAAACUUUUACAAAUCCCUACAGUAAAUUUGCCAUCAAACGAAAUUCUGCCAAAAGCUUUUCCCGGUUGCUAUCUUCGUCUAUCCGUAGCAAGAUAUGAUGCGGUUUAUUCAUGUGGAACUUUUUCUCAAAGAUUCUUCGUUAAUUCUACUUAUUAUAAGCCUGGUGGUCCUAUUUUUCUUCAUACACCUGGUGAAGAUCCAAUUAAUCCUAAGUUAGUUAAAGCUUCCGGAGUCAGCGAAAUUGUCGCAAGUUUCAAUGGAUUGCUUAUUGUUAUUGAACAUCGUUAUUAUGGUGAAAGUUACCCACCGAUUAAAAAUCUUACCACUCCAAAUAUGAAAUUCUUAACUGUUAACCAAGCUCUUGCCGAUUUUGCAGAGUUUAUAAAAAAACCACCAACUGACAUAAUAAAGAUUCCUAAAGAUGCUAAAUGGAUCUUUGUUGGAGGUUCAUAUGCUGGAAAUUUGGCAGCAUGGAUGCGCAAGAAAUUUCCUAAGCUUGUAUUUGCUGCUUGGGCUUCUUCAGCUCCUUUACUUGCAAAACUCGAUUUUUUCGAAUAUGAUUUAGCAAUUGGUCAUGCGCUUCCAUGUCGCGACAGAGUUGCAGAAGCGUUUAAAUUAUUUAUUGAUCCAAUUUUAUUAUCUGGUAACCGUACACAGAUUGCAUCUCUUAAAUCACUGUUCGGUCUUGAUGUCUUAGAUGAUGAUCAAGAUUUUGCUUCAGCUAUUAGUCACCCAAUUGCUUUGAUGGUUCAAUCUUAUUUUCCACCUACUUCACCAUCAGAAAUUGAUACUAUUGCAACAUUUUGUGGCGCAUUCGCCAAAGCUCCUGAUAAUAAACCAGAAACUUCGACAUUAAUUUUGGCACAAGUUUUCAAAUUCUUUUUGAACACAACUGGAAUUGUUACCCCUGAUGCUAUCAAAAAGAAUUUUGCUACUUCGGAACUUACUACUUCGAUUGUACCUAACGAAUUAAUUUCAUUCGUAUAUCAG